CAUGAGUCGUCUUGCCUGCUUCUGCAUGUGUGCGUCUUGUUUUCUUCUUUAAUUACUAACUCUUUACCUCGUCAUGACUCUGCUUCUCUUCUCUCUUCUUCCUGCUUUUGGUCUGUACCAGACCUAGCGUAAUGCCUCAGAGAAUUGUGAUCAAUUCCAGUGUGGAGGCCAAACCCACUGAUGUCGGAGGCUGUUUUUCCAGCGCAGUUGUACAGGGCCUGUGUUCAGAGCGUGAUGCCGUAUGGUUUGACUGCAGAGCUUACGAGAGAGCAGAAAGCCAUCAUUACAUAAGGCUUCAAGAACAGCAAAAUGGGACCACAUCUGCUGCAAGCACCUCAAAUUCCCAGCGUAGCCAAGAAAAUUCUUCAAAACCCCCCAAUUCAGUGACCGCUCCUGGUUCUCUUCGAAUCUUACCUGAUAGCCCUUCAACCCAUAUGUUAUGUGACGAAGGCUACCUAUCACAAACCCCAACUCCUCGCACUCCGGCAUCAGCACCAAUUAACGGCCUGCCAUUUGUGCCUGCGUUCCUCCAAGGGGUGUGGUUUCAGAAGUCUCUUUACGACCGGGCGGAAACAACGUUUUACCAGAACCUGCACCGUUUGAACAAGCCUCAUUCUUCACCCGACGGCGAGCAAACGUGCAUCGGGCAUCCAAGUUCCCCUGUCGCUGAGAAAUCCAAAUCUGAUAAGACAAAGGAGAAGAAACCAGGCAAUGAUGGAAUCCAGAAAGGAAGCAGUGCAUUAGAUCACUUCCUGCAUGCAGACAGUGAGAGGGUGUGGCUAGACCGCAAUCGAUACGCGGAGGUGGAAACUGGUUUCUACGAAGCCAUGACGACUAAAAGCGGCUGUAGCUUAUCGUCGAAGUAUGAUCGUAUACACACACUUAAGUUGCACCUCUUUAUGCUUCUGAGUGGCCCAAGAGGAAAAACCUGCACUUUGUUGUCUGGAGUACAUUCAAGAAUCCUUACAAUGCUCUCUCUUUUUCUCCCUCCCUUCCCUGUCAAUCACAACAACACUAGCCAAUCACAGGUGGCCAGGAGCUCCUGUAUAAGAAGUGCAAUGGAGUGCUUGGCUCAAGAGAGGAUAUGGUUUGACAAACCUCGCUACGACGAGGCUGAACGAAAGUUCUACGAGAGGAUGAAUGGACCCACACUACCGCCUCAGGACACGGGUGCUAAUAGUAUUCUUCAGGACAUUGCAAGAGCACGAGAGAACAUCCAGAAGUCUCUUGCUGGAACGGCAGGAGGAAGUAGUGCCGAACAAGGGGAACUUCUCGCACGCAUGAAGGAACUGGAACUGGAGAACCAGCGUCUACAAAAAAUGGUGCAGCAGUUGCAUUCUGUUGUCUCUAACCUGGAAAGUCGGGUCUCCGUUUUGGAAAAAAGACCAGCAGCCCCAGCGGCGGUGGUUAAUGGAAUUUCUUCCAAGACCGUUUGUCCUCCUCCGCAGAAAACACCUCCUGCGCCAGCAGAUGGCGAGGAUGAUGACGACGAUCUAGACCUGUUCGGUAGCGACGACGAAGUAGACGAAGAGGCGGAGCGCCUGAAGGAGAAGAGGCUUCAGGAAUAUGCAGCCAAAAAAGCCAAAAAACCCGCCAUCGUCGCUAAAUCGUCCAUCCUGUUGGACGUCAAGCCUUGGGAUGACGAGACGGACAUGGCGAAGCUGGAGGAGUGCGUGAGGUCCGUUCAGGCCGACGGCUUGCUCUGGGGAGCCUCCAAACUGGUACCGGUUGGUUACGGUAUCAAAAAGCUGCAGAUCAACUGCGUGGUGGAAGACGAUAAGGUGGGAACAGACCUGCUGGAGGAGGAGAUCACGAAGUUUGAAGAUUAUGUCCAAAGCGUGGAUGUAGCAGCUUUCAAUAAGAUUUAAAGCACUAACAUACUUUCCACUCAUCCUCCAUCUGCACUACACAAGCUAUCGAUGAAAUAACAUUUGACAAUAAAGAACCCUGACUUUA